GCUAUAUUUGUCACCACCAUUUGCGUUCCCUAACCCUGAUCGGGUUAAUAUAUAUAUUUUUGUCUGAAUAGAAGAGAAGAGCGGUAGUCGAAAACAAACAAGCAAGCAAUCCAAGGAAAAUGUCGCACAAGCGCGCCGCAGAGACUCAGCUCACGCGCGAUAAUGACGGCGAAGACAGGGCCGAGGAAGAAUUCGUCACAACGCCGCAGAUCGCAGACGAGUCGGAAAUGGCCACGCGGCGAGUGGUGAAGGUUCGACGACCGGAGGCCAGCUCUGCGAAGCCCACCUCGGGUAGCACCUCCGGCUUCUUCAAAGACGCGGCAACGGCUGCCAGCAGCGCCGCUCCUGCGAAGCCGACCUUCGGCUUUAAAUUUGAUUCGAGCAGCAACGGCGGCGGUAAUUCCUCCACUGGAACGGCGACGGCCUUUUCGUUUGGCCCAACGCCCGCAACGGCGGCGGCGACGAAGCCAACGUUUGGGUUUCCUGCCUCGUCCGCAACAGCCGGGGCGUCGUCUGGCUUUUCCUUUGGCAACAAAGCGGCCCCCACCGCGACGACGUCGACUUCGUCCUUCACCGCGGCCACCACCGCUACCAGCGGCGGCGGCAGCAGCAGCAGUGCGAACCCGAUUGCGUUUUCCUUCGGCGCCGCGCCCCCUGCCUCUGGCGAUGCGGCAAAGAAGCCGGCAACAGGCUUCAAUUUUGGGCUGCCCGCCACCGCCGCCACCACCGCGACCACCGCUUCGGCUCCUGGCACUGGCAGUGCAACGAAGGAGGAUGAAAAGCCCGUGUUUGGCGCCGGCAGUUUCAACUUCGGCAGUGCGGUGAACACGUUUGUGGCGGCCCGCAACAAGAUGCAAGAGGAAGCCAAGGAAGCGAAGCCGGGCAGCAGUGAAGGCAAAACGGAGAAAAACGGCGCGGAUGGCGAGGAGGACGAGGACGAGGACAAGCCCGAUCCGGCCGGCUUUGGCAGCGAAAUUGUGGAGCAGACGGCGCGUGAUGUGCUGGUGACGGCCCCGUCUAAGCUCUACCUUUUUGAGAAGGGUGAAGACGGCACGGCUGGACGCUGGACGGAGCGUGGCACAGGUGACGCUAAGCUCAUCUCCCAGCCCAAUGCCGCCGACGCUGACGAGCACAUUUACCGCCUGCUGGUGCGCGGCGGUUACUCGCUCAACGCCACCAUCAAGAAGAACACCUUCACCUUAUCCAAGACGGAGGCGAAGCAUCUCAUCCUGCUUGUUGCCACCGCUGAAGGGCCGCACACGUAUUUGCUCAAGUUCACUGGGCCCAGCGCAGAGGCGAACACGACGAAGUUUUCAGAGGAACUCAAGAAAGUUGUCGCGGAGGUCUCAAAAGCGGAAUAG